AUGUCAUCAUCAUCAUUUGGUUCGGCUUUAUCUUCUCGUGAUUUAAAUCGAGGAGGUAUAACAACAUCUUAUAAUUCAUUUUCUCGUCCUCGAAUAGCAAAACGAUCAACAGAAACUUAUCCACGAUUAAUUUUCGAACCAUUUAUUAUUGCAUCAAAACCAAUACAUCCUUCUCUUCUUACUGAAAUCAAUAAUUCAUCAUCAAAACAAAAAAUAAAAGUACCUACAUCAACAUCAGCAUCAACUCGUCCUCGACCAAAUUCCAACAUAGCGCUUUUUUCUGAAAAGAAACGUGCUCAAUUAGUUCUAUCUGAUCUUUCUAAUUAUGAUAAUCCUCCAAUAUCAUUAACACCAUCUCCAUCUCUAUUCAAAAUUGAACAAGAUAUUUUUCCUCGUAAAUUAUUAACAUCAUCAUCAACUCGUUAUAGAACUCCAUCAAGUUUUCAAUUAACUUCAACAAUAAAAUUAAAACCUCAACCUCCUCGUUGUCGUAGUGCUACUGAUAUGAAAUCUUCAUAUUCAAUGACUAAAACUUAUCCACGUUUUAUAUUAAUUGCUGAUGAAGAACAUCGUAUUGAAAGUUGGUAUCAUCAAUAUCCGUUUAUACUUGGUGAUGAUCUUUUAACAUUAUUUGAAUCUAAACAAUCACAACAAAAAUUAAUAAUAUCAGCUUAUUUUAUUGAUGAUUUACAAUCAUCAAAAGCAAAUAUAACAGCUAAAACAUUUUUACAAGGUAAACCAUUUCAUAUAAAUAAUGAUUGGAAAAAAUAUGAUUUGAUUUUUAUAUCAAAUAAUAUUUAUCAACAAAUUAUUAUUUAUUUACAAACAAUUAUUAAUUUAAUUAAAUCAUCAGGAAAAAUUAUUAAAAUUUAUCAGAUUAAUCAUGAAGAAGAUUUAAAAAAACAAGUCAAAAAUAUAUGUAAACAACUACAACAAGAAAAUAUAUAA